AGGAGCCGACCAUCAUUUCCGACAGCUCCGUAUGGAUUUGACGUCGGGAUAUAUUGGUGCUUGAUGCUCUAAGGCUUAGCGGAUCACAGGUGAUUUCGAGGAUGGGGGGACCCUGUGCCCUUAAGCACUUUGUAAAGUGUGACGUCACUUUGGAAGGCUCAUUUCUCUGAUUUGGAUUAUUCUUGGCCAGCAGCAACUUCGGGCCUGCUAAUCCUAGACAAGUUUUUCAAUGGACACUCUGCUGAAGUCCGAGAUCAGAGAGGAGGGGAGUGGGGCCUCAGUGAAGGUGGAGGGCCUAUCCAAGGCAGCUCUAAUAAAAAGCCUGUCUCCCAGAGUCAUGCUAUCCAACCAUCUUCUGCCUAAAGGGACCAAGAUGAAGGUCAACCUGGAAGACCAGGGUCGUCAGAAAGUGUCCUUUAGCUUCGCACCGACCAAGAAGCCCCUGCAGAGCCUGUUCUUUAUCCCCACCAGCCCUGACAAGUCUGUUGCUGAACCUCACCUUGCCUUGUCCCAGUUGACCUCAGACGAAGAAGGGCAGAGUACAGCUGAGCAGACACCCAUGGUGCCAAUUUCAACAGCAGAGACACCUUCUCAAACACCAGUCUCCUCAGCUACUAAAAUGAAAACAGACUUAUCUAAGAUGCAUUUCAAGAAGCAAAUUCUUAGUGUCUCUGUGACUGAAGAGAAACCAACUUCUGCUGUGCCAGAUGAGCCGCACUCAUCCGACUUGAUGGUUCUACAGAAAUCAACAAUUUUGAGUGCAACUGAAUUCCCAACACCCCAGCCUCAGAAUGCCAUCAGUGUCUGCCCCUCAGAGAAUGCUAAAAUUGAAACCUCUGAGGCAAGAGUUACUCCAAGCCUCAAGAAGCCAGUUGCUUCCUCAGGAAAAGAUGUGGAGAGUUCCAGCAGUGCUGAGCAGGACGGUAAGGUAUACAAUAGGACAACCAGGUCCCAAUCUGAUAGCGCGCCACCUGGCUCAGAGUCAGAUGGAGAUUCAGUCCAGAUGUCUUCCAGUCGCAGAUCAGUUGACUCCAAAAGUAAAACAAACUCUGAGAGCAGAAGCAAGGAGGUAAAAAAGUCUUCCUCUGGUUCAUAUGUGGAGGAAAAAGAAAAAAGUUCCUCAAAGCGUUCAGAGAAUCAUGAAAGGUCUUCUAGUUACUCGAAAUCAGACCGAGAUUCUAGACACACAUCAUCGCGUUCAUCCAGAUCCGACAAAGAUCGCAGAAGGUCCAGGUCCAGGUCACGAUCCCGAUCUAGAGGGUCUCGAACAAGUUCAUCUCACUCCAGAUCAGAGAGAUCUCGAGGCGACAGAGGAUCCCGCUCCGAUAGGUCAUACUAUCAUGAUUCUGAUAGGAGAUCAUAUAGGAGUUCUCCGCGCAGAGAGAGAAGACGUUCUCGUUCUCGAGACAAAACUCGGGACAGUUCCGACUCUGAGGAUGACCACAGGAAGACAAGAACAAGGACAAGUGAAUCGAGUAGAUCAUCAGUGCAUGCAAGCUCAUAUAAAGAGUCAAAAUCAUCUUCCUACACAAAAUCUGAAAAGGCCUCUAAAUCUUCAGAUUCUCCUCAUUUUUCAGAGUUGGAUAAAAAAUCACAUUCAUCAAAGUCUGAAAGAACUUCAAAGCGACUGUCAGACUCUGAUUCCCAACGCAAGUGCUCUCCUGACUUGGACUCCAGUUACCGUAAAUCAAGCUUGCAUAACAAGUCAGAGACCAACAGUAAAUCUUCAUCUUCCAGUACACAUAGCCAUUCUCAAUCAUAUGAGAAACGCCAAAAAAGCAGCUCAAGUGACUCUGAAGCUGAUCAUAGAGGAAAACCACAAGCCUCUGACAAAAGCUCUGGCUCUGAGGAAAAAUCUACAAACUGUCAAAAGAACAACAGCAGGUCAGAAUUAAAGCAAAUUACUCCUUCUAGAUCAUCCAUGAAAUCCAGUGGAAAUGAUAGGCAAUCAAGUGACACAUUUCAAAGCCCUGACAAAGCACUGUCAAAGGAAAACCCCCCAGAACUUUGUUUUCUGAUUAAAAAAGAAAAAGUAGAUUCCCAACCAGGUGGAAAUGAACAUAGUAAUCAAGAUUCUAUUGAUAUCAUCUCAUGCACUGACAAGAGUUUGUCAUCUGAGAGAAACGAAACAAAAGCAGGUCAUGAAGUUGAGACAGAUAAUGCCUCUGCUAUAUCCCCAAGUGAAAGCCUGAAGCAUGUAAAUGCUAGCCUGGAGAACUUGACUAAUGUGAAGGAAAGCCUUUCUUCUAAUAACCUAUCACAUGUGAAAUCAUUUGCAGCUGUACUAAAUUCAAGUAGUAGUAAUGAAAGUGUAAUAUGUAGCCAGGGCAAGAAAGAUGUUGACUGUUCACCACAGUCCUUACUUGAAACACAAGAUGUCCAGCAAAACACAGAAUCGGAAAUUGAUGAGCUCAAAACAGCUAUGGUCAUCAACCAGCAAUGUGGCACAAUUGCACCACUCUGUUCUGAUACAUCAUGCCCUGAUUCUGAGAAUCAGCUGACACUCGCACAGCAAAAUACAGAUACUGUUAAAAAGAGUAUCAGUAGUAACAAAAAGUCCAGAUGGGAUAUUGUUGGGCAGGACACUUUAGAGAAUGAUAACUUACAAAGGACACUUUGUGCAGAGAGUAAACCUAAAAAAUUGGUCUCUGUCAAAAAGAUAGAGGUUUUGAAAGACAAUAGCCAACAAGACUCUGAAGUUAAAGAUAUUAAUCAGCAAGAAGCUGAAACACAUUCCAAACCAGGGAGGCAGAUGGGGAUCUCUAAGCAAGACUUAUUUUCUGACAGAACAUCUGUGACUGAAAAAUACAAAGACCAAAGUGAGCCUUCACAAGCGAGCACCAGCGCUGACCAGUGUGACUUAAAACAGAGGGACUCUCAACAAACAAACACAGACAAGCCUCUGCACAUCAAUGAUCCAUCACAGACCCUCAUAGCUUCAAAGAUGCAAAGCUGGAAUGGCGAUGGUCAUGAAGAAACUUCUAAGAUCAGUGCUCACAAGAGCAAAUUAAGUAAGAGAGCACCACUUAAUCAGGAUACAUUAGGACAGAGUGAGGCCAGUGAUAGUGACAACUCAGAGUAUGACUCAGAUUGCGGCGAGGCUGUAAAACGAUUGCACUCUGUGGUGGUGGUGCCGAAGAAUUCUUCACUUACAAUGGAUGCACAGGACACAGGAGCUUCACCAUGCACUCCAAGGAAUAGUUCAGAACUUCAGAAUGCUAAUAUUACAGCUGACCUGGACAUCAGUGAAGUCCCAAAACAAAGGCAGGAGGGUCCAUGUGCUGGUGUGAACAAUUCUUGCAAUAACACUAUGUUGUGUCAAUCCCAGAGUAAUAUGAUUGAUAGCACCAGUCACUCAGAGGGUUCCAGCUCCAUCAGAGUCCAACCUUGUACAGCAGGUCAAAUCGUUGCCCAUGGAAACACCGCAGAUCUUGCCCAAAAUCUUGAAAAUGUGAGGCAGUAUGAGGAUGCGCACACACAGCAUACUGUCAGAAGUAGAGGUGAAAGAAUGUUCUCCCAUUACCAACAUAAUGAUUUCUCCAGUGCUGAUAAUAUCAAUGAUAGAAAUGGAUUUAACCUAGGUUGGGAUUUUUCACAAUUGGAACAGCCCAGUAGUACAUACCAGCAGCCUGAUAGCAGUCAUGGGCCUCAGUUACCUAACACUAAACCGACAGGAACCUCUCCCGAGGAGCAUGGGUACAGUCAGAGUAAUCCCUCCUGGAACCAAGAAUCCACAAAUAUGCAUAUUAGCCGAAAACCCUACCUCCUUGUUCAUCAGGAACCUGCAUGUGAAAUCCACCCUGACUCCCUAACCAAUGACCAUGACGAUUACAGCGCAGAUAAACUGUCAAAUCUUACUGAAACAGCUGUUGAAUGCAGUGGACUGAACACUCCAGGGUCAUCAAGCUUUGUUCAAGGCCAUGAAAUAAGCAGCAACAGCAGAGGCUCUGCAGUGCCUGACCCUCCGAGAGAAGACUUUUUCAGACCUCAUAGAGGCCGCGGACCUCCCAAGAAAAGGCGUCCAGAGAUUGAGUCAGAUUCAGACAACGAGGCAGAGGCUGGGCCUGCUGGCAAGAGAGAGUGUCUUGGAGAUCCUGAUGUCACCAAGGAAAGUCCUUUCAAAGUGGAAGUGCAGCGUCCAACACUCACUCUGCAAGACUUUAAAGACGCCAAUAAAUGGAAAGACUAUGCUAAGACUAAGAAGAUGCCCCCUUACUUUGACUUGAUUGAGGAGAACCUGUACCUGACUGAGAGAAAGAAGAGCAAGUCUCAUCGAGAUAUAAAGAGAAUGCAAUGCGAGUGCCCAGUUCUGCCCAGAGAGGAGCGUUCAAGAGGAGUAUUUGCAUGUGGGGAAGACUGCUUGAACCGGUUGCUGAUGAUUGAGUGCUCUUCAAGGUGCCUGAAUGGAGUCUACUGCUCUAAUCGACGCUUUCAAAUGAAACAACAUGCAGAUUUCGAUGUUAUCCUCACAGAAGACAAGGGAUGGGGACUCAGGGCAGCUAAGGACCUGAUUGCAAACACUUUUGUGCUGGAAUACUGCGGGGAGGUAUUAGACCACAAGGAGUUUAAAACAAGGGUGAAAGAAUAUGCUCGCAAUAAGAACAUCCACUACUACUUCAUGUCUCUGAAAAACAACGAGAUCAUUGAUGCAACACUGAAGGGUAAUUGCUCCCGGUUUAUGAACCAUAGCUGCGAGCCUAACUGUGAGACCCAAAAGUGGACCGUCAAUGGCCAGCUUAGAGUUGGUUUCUUCACCACCAAGGCUGUCACUGCCGGAACUGAGCUGACGUUUGAUUACCAGUUUCAGAGAUACGGCAAAGAAGCACAGAAAUGCUUCUGUGGGGCAGCCAGCUGCAGAGGCUUCCUGGGUGGGGAGAACAGAGUUAGUGUUCGGGCAGCUGGGGGGAAGAUGAAGAAAGACCGCAGUCGAAAGAGCGCUCUCACCACGGUUGAUGAGGAGCUGGAGGCGUUACUGGAGAAUGGAGAAGGCCUGUACGAUGAGAAGCAGGUGGUGUCUCUCUGCAGACUGAUGGUCCGAGUAGAAACCAUGGAGCAGAAACUCAUCUGCCUUAAGCUCAUACAAGAUACUCAAAAUCCAACAUGCCUGAAGCAGUUCCUGGACCAUCAUGGGUUGUCUUUGCUGUGGAUCUUCAUGGUGGAGAUUUCUGAAGCUAAAGGGAACAGUGCUAAUAACAACAAGCUGCAGUUAGAGAUUAUGAAGACCUUGGCAGUGCUGCCUAUCUCUACCAAGAACAUGCUAGAGGAGAGCAGAGUGCUAACCUUCAUCCAGCGAUGGGCCCAGACAAAAAGUCACUCUCAGCCGACUGAGAUGGACGGUUACUCCAGCGAAAACACCUCCCGAGCUCAAACCCCACUCAACACUCCUGAUGGUUCCUCCAAACUGGGAACAGAAAUGGAAGGCGACUCCUCCAAACCUGCUGUGUACCGCCGCCUUAAAAUCAUCAGUGAAAACAGUCUGGACAGCGCACUAUCCGACGCUAGCAAAGCAUCUGACGGGAAGGAGGAAGAUGAGGAUGAUGAUGAUGAAGAAGAAGAUGAAUCCUCACAUGACGGCAAACAGGUGAAGGCAGACCCGGGGUGUGCGGCUGAAGAUCCAGAGAAAGCUUCAAUGGAAGAGACUGUGAAAGAGGAGAAACAGGAGGAGGCAGUGACAAAUUCAAGCACUCCACAUCAACCUCAAACUGACGAGGAUGAAGACAAAAUGGAGGUGGAUUCGGAGAAGGAAACUGAGGUACAAGAGGACACCAGUGAGGGUCAGACAGAAGAACUUGAAGGGCAUAAAGAGCCAAGUGAAGAACAGGAAAGCCAGGAGGAGCAGACCAGUCAGGUAGUGACAGAAAAAGCUGAACUGGAAGAAGAACAGCCUGAUGUUAAAGUUCAGGAGCCAGAGAGCGAGUUUGUCAAAACAGAUGUAACAGAUCCUCCACCUGAGCAGCCCCAAGAGAGUGAAGAAGCCCAGGCAAACACACAAGAGACUGAGAAUCCUCCUCCACCCCCUCCUCCUCCUCCUCCUCCUCCUCCUCCUCCUGUCAGUGAGGUAAAACCUGGUGAAUCCAUCCUUGAAGCUGCCCCAAACUCUGACACCACUGAAGUCAGUAUGCCCUCUGAGAUCACAGCACCCCCUGUGGACCCGCCAGUGAUAGGAACCCCCUCUCAGGAUGAAGAGGAGGGUGUCUCAGAUGUUGAGAGUGACAGGAGUCAGGAGACCCAACUCAGUGCUUUGGACAUUAGUGGCAUGGCUGCCAGACUUCUGGACAGCUGGAAGGACCUGAAGGAGGUGUACAGAAUACCAAAGAAGAGUCAAGUGGAAAAGGAAGCAAACGAUCGCAGCAGAGAUCGUGACACAGCUUUGACUCCACGCAGAGCUUCUGGUAGUCGAGAACGAGAGAGGGAGCGAGACAAGGAGAGGGAACGAGACCGAGAUUAUGACAGAGACAGGGAACGAGACUGGGAAAGGGAGAGGGACAGAGAGAGGGACAAGGACAGAGAGAGGGACAGGGACAGAGAUCGUGACAGAGAUCGCGACAGAGAACGCGACAGAGAACGCGAUAGAGAUCGAGACAGAGACAGAGAGCGUGACAGAGAGCGUGAUCGAGGCUCUGACAAAACUCCGCGCAGCACCGAAAGACGAAGGAGACGCUCAGCAUCACCACCACCCUCAUCCUACGAGAGGAGCCGACGCACUGAGGAACGGUUUGAUCCAUCUAACAACAAGACCCCAAGGGGAGUUGGCGGCAAGGAGCGUAACAAACUGUCCACAGAAGAGCGCAGAAAGCUGUUUGAGCAGGAGGUUGCUCAGCGGGAAGCCCAGAAGCAACAACAGCUUCAACAGCAGCAGCAGCAGCAGCAGCAGCAGCAGCAGCUUCAGACUUUGGCCUAUGACCCUGCUCUGGCUUAUGGUUCCAGCCCUGGCUUCAUCACCUACCCUCCUGGAUAUCCCAUCCAGACCUUUGUGGAUCCCUCCAACCCCAACGCAGGCAAAGUACUGUUGCCUACCCCUGCUGUUGAUCCCAGCAUAAACUAUGAACAGACGCCUCCCCAGCGUCUUAUCUCAGACCUCGGACUAACCUCUCCAUCCCCUACUUCCCAGACCGCUCCAGUCCCUACUCUUUCUCAGCACAUCACUACCACUAACCUCACCGCUGGAGACCCCCAACAGUACGCCCAGCCAGCUGUAGGAACCCAGGAAGCCGGUGUAGCUGUCCUCUCUGUACCUGCCCAGGCGGCCACUCAGAGCUACACCACUCUGUGGGAUCCCAGCACUCAGCAGGCAGUGACGGUGCAGACGCAGCCUGCACAGCAGUAUGCCACAGCCCCACCACAGGCCCAGACACAGACAGCCAUCUAUUACCAGGGCCAGCCAUGCCAAACCAUAUACAGCAUCCCCACCGCCUACCCUCAGGCAAACACUCCCGUUAUACAGGCAUACACUGAACCAACCGCCAGCUACCUGCACGGCCAGCCUGUGUAUCCUGGUCAUCAGCAAGGAGUGGUGGUGCAGCAGGGAGGCACGGUUACCACCAUUGUCACAUCUCAAACUGUACAACAGGAAAUGAUUGUUCCCAACAAUGUGAUAGACCUGCCUCCUCCCUCCCCCCCAAAACCCAAAACUAUCGUCCUACCUCCAAACUGGAAAGUUGCUCGAGACCCCGAGGGCAAGAUUUACUACUACCAUAUUGUGACAAGGCAAACACAGUGGGACCCUCCGACCUGGGAAGGAAGCAGUGAUAACACUAGCGUGGACCAUGAGUCUGAGAUGGACCUUGGAACACCCACCUAUGAUGAAAAUCCCUCCAAGUUCUCCACAAAGACAGCUGAAGCAGACACCUCCAGUGAACUGGCAAAAAAAAGUAAAGAGACAUUUCGCAAAGAGAUGUCCCAGUUCAUCGUGACGUGUCUAAAUCCUUAUCGAAAGCCAGACUGUAAAUUAGGACGCAUCGUCAACACAGAAGACUUCAAACACCUGGCUAGAAAGCUAACUCACGGAGUCAUGAACAAGGAGCUGAAAGCUUGCACGAAUCCUGAGGAUCUUGAGUGUAAUGAAAAUGUGAAGCACAAGACCAAGGAGUACAUCAAGAAGUACAUGCAGCGAUUUGGCUCCGUGUACAGGCCGAAGGAGGACACUGAGGUGUACUAGCCUCAAAGGCCUCAGACUCACUCUGAACUAAUGUGAGAGAAGCACAGAUUUGCCUUUCCAGUCACUCCUUGUUGUCCACACUGGCCAACCUGAACCCGCAAAGUCGUUUUUGUGAUGCACAUUUAUGACUGAAAAUUGCACUGCUGCUGCCCAAGAAGCCUUCAGGCCCUGUGGAUCGAGAAGAAGCCCAAAAGCUGAGGAGACAGUCAGAGACUCGUGUGGCUCUGAACGACCCAAAACUCCAGGUGCAGUGGGUGCAGUGCUUUUGAAGGAUGACACUGAGGGGUGCUACAGAGACUUAUGUUUUCACUGACAGUUUGAUUUUAAGCUUUUUUUUCUCCAUUUAUGGCUCUUACAUGUUCCAGGAAUGGUAACCUCAAUUCCACUUUUUAAUCUCUUCUAGCUCUGAAUGAGGAUUACUCGAAGGAAUCAGCUUUUGGUAUCAAUUUAUCAGGUUGUGUUUUUGUUUCCUCUCUUUUUGUUCAAAUGGAUCCAUGACCUUCCCCCCCUUCACUUCCUUUUUCUUGUGCACGCUUCCACCCCCUGUCACUGAUUCUGUAUCUGGUGCUGCUUUUAACUGGGCUGUGGAGGUCCAAGCUUCCACUCCUCAAACCCCUGCCUUCUUAACCACAAGACGUUGAAGCCUCCGUUGUUUUAUGAAUGCAUGAUGUAGGCUGAGGUCAGCGUGACAUCCUUUAUGGAAAUUCCUAGAUUUUCCAAGUCUCCUGCUUCAACUAAUAUGCCCUCAGCGAGAUGAGCUUUUUACUCGUAACACACUUCACACACACACUUCGGGAUCAGCCAAUAACCAGCAGAUUGGCAAUGGUGUUAGGAAAUUAUGUUUCCAUGUCUUUUAUCAAUUUGUGUAUAAUUACGGGAGCAGGGUUUGAAUGCUGUGUUUGAUGUGCCGUUUAGCUUUGUAUCCAUUUUUCCCCAGUUCCUGUUCGACCCCCCCCCCUAACUUGUUCUGCCCUGUUUUGUCUUACAGGAAUAAUACCGAGCAUUGCAGUUUUAACCGUUUCUAAACAUCUUGUGAGUUCUGGUUCUUUUAUCAUUUAUAUGUCCUAGUGAGACGUUAGAGACACUAGGGUGGCCUUGCUACAAAUAAAUUGCCAGGAUUUCUACAGUUGUCGAGGUUGUUUCAUUAGCAUUAGGUCACGGUUUGUUGCAGCCUAUCAAAUUGCAGUAAACAAAGUUCCAACAUAUGUACAUUGCUUUAUGUGAAUAUUAUUGAAUAAUAGUUUUGGGGAUGUUAAAUAAGCAUAUACUUUGUAAAAGGACUAUCAUUUCAUGAAAGUGUAAAUAAUGUGUAAAAUUACCAAAGCUGUACGCAGGAGAGUCGGGUCAGGGAGCGCAGUGAGCCCACCCAGCCUCACCAGCUCAGUACUCCUGAUGCAGCUCCCACAUCAGACAGUCAAACCUGGGUUGCAGCUGACUCACAGCCCUCUAUUUUAUUUCAGUGGUGGGGGAGAUUAUAAUGUUUCUUUCUUUUUUUUUGUUAUUAUUUUUCUAUGUACAAAGUAAGUUUCACCCAACUUUACUGUAAGUAUUGUGUAAGCACAUUGUCAUACCGAGUGUAUAAACAUUUUAAAGAUAAUAAACUUUUUUGUAAAAUUAA